AUGCCCCAGCAGCAGAAACCUCCCCGAUCGAAGGCUGCGCCGCCGGCAGCCGACUACAAGGCCAUUGCCGAGCAGUACGCGCGAGCGAAACGGCAAAAGGAGCUCGAGGAGGCUAGCCGAACCCCGGAAGAGAAACAGGCCGAGAAGGAGAGGGCAGCCCUGCUCGAGAAACAGCGUGAGGUCUUCGAGUCCCGGCGCAAGGACGCGUACGAGCGCAGGUGGUGGUGGACUGUCGGCUUUUGGGCGUGGGUGCUUAUCUUGCACGUUGUUGGCAUCUCAUUCUUCAUCAGCGGCUUCCUUUUGACGCGGCUGGUGCUGGAUGAGAAGUCCAACUGCACGGCGCCGCCUUUGGAGCUCACGUCCAGCUGGAAGGGCCAAGGGACUGUUGAGGGCGGCUGCUGGCACCCCAAGUCAUUCGACAAGACUGUUGUUGUUCUCAUCGAUGCGUUGCGAUACGACUUUACGGUUCCCGUCGAGGAUAAUGCGCCGUUUCACAAUGCGUUUCCUUUCAUGUACGAGACUGCUGUCAAGUCUCCUGAGCAUGCCUUCUUACGCCCCUUCAUUGCUGACCCGCCGACGGCAACUCUUCAACGGUUGAAGGGUCUUACGACAGGCACGCUACCGACGUUUAUUGACAUUGGCAGCAGCUUUGGUGGGUCUGCCAUUGAUGAAGACAAUCUACUCAUGCAGUUGAAGGAUGCCGGAAAGCGGAUUGUGCAUCUGGGAGACGAUACCUGGCUGUCCUUAUUCCCAGGCUACUUUGAAGCCAAUGCCAGUAGGGCGUACGACAGCUUCAAUGUCUGGGAUCUUCACACCGUUGACAACGGGGUUAUUGACCACAUCUUCCCGCUCCUCAAGCAGGAGGAGAAGGGCAAGUGGGAUCUGCUCAUCGGUCACUUGCUCGGCGUUGACCAUGCCGGCCACCGAUACGGACCAGACCAUGAGGCGAUGACGGCGAAGCUCCAGCAAAUGAACUCAUUCAUCCGUGACCUCGCUGCGGAAAUCGAUGAUGACACUCUUCUUGUCGUGAUGGGAGACCAUGGUAUGGACAGCAAGGGCGACCAUGGUGGAGAGAGUGAUGAUGAGGUUGAGGCAGCACUCUGGAUGUACUCGAAGCAUCCUUUCUUUGGUCGAACAAAGCCCGAAUUCAAAGAGCCUCCCAGCAUGGCAAAAAUUCGACCAGUCAACCAAAUCGAUCUUGUUCCGACCCUGUCGCUGCUUAUGGGUAUCCCCAUCCCGUACAACAACCUGGGAAGACCCAUUGAGGAGGCUUUUGCUGGAAAGAAGGGCAAGGCCUGGGAUAAUCUUGCAUCUGUGUCGCGGGUGACUGCCGCUGGCAUACAGCGAUACCAAGACUCGUACUUCGCCGCCCGUGGCAUUGACCAAUCUAAGAGCGCCACCGCAGGACAUGUCGCGCAUCUUUGGAGGAAGGCAGACCGCUCAUGGCAGUGGCAGUCGUAUGAGCAGGCGUAUGGCUUCUACAACAUUUUCCAAGAGGAGACUCUCCGCAUCUGCAAAGACCUCUGGGCUCGCUUCGAUGUACCCAAAAUGGUCACUGGUAUUGUGGUCAUGGCAGCUGGCGUUGUCACUCUUCUCGUCUACGCUUCCCGUGAUGAAGAGGAGGACUUUGCUGUUCUUGACGACCUUGAGCUCGACCUGGCCGAGAAGAAGCUGGAGCUUCAGGGGAUCAAGCCCGAUUCUACUCCAUCGUAUAAGACCAUUCACAAGAAGAUCUUACUCGCCGCUAUUCUUGGCGCCGUUCCUGGUGCGGCUGCUGGCGCUGGCUACUCCAUUUUUACCACGCCCGAAGAUCUCAUCUACUCCGUUGCCGGUGCUGCUUUAACCAGUGCCAUCGGUGUCUUGAUCUCGCUGUCUGGCUUUGGAAAAUCCGUUCUCAACCUUGUGCCUAACAACAUCUGGGGCUGGCUCGCUGUCAUCUUCACCGUAAGCCAGUCAAUUGGCUUCGCUUCAAACUCGUACACUAUCUGGGAGGACUCUAUUCUUCUCUUCUUCAUCACGACCUUCGGUGUGGUGAACGUUUUUGCGGCUUUCUCGGUGCCCACCAUGAGAGAGCGUACUCUUGCAAUCUACCAUUCCGUCCUCUUCGUUGUUCUGGGCAGAGUUGCUUCUUUCUCCAAGCUCUGUCGAGAGGAGCAGAUGCCAUACUGCACCUCAACCUAUUACGCCUCGGCCACCUCCUCGACCUCUGCCACGUGGCAGUUGGUCAUUCCCUUCACUGUCGCCCUCAUCCUGCCCUCCAUCAUCAAGUCCUUCCUUCUGCCAUCGCGGUCGUGGGAGGGCCUUGCACCGGCCUGGAUCGGAUACGUAUACCGUGUUGGUCUCUUCAUGUCGGCCAGCUACUGGGUCCUCGACGCUGCCGACAACGGCGAGUGGUUCCCUAGCUUGCCAGCUCAGGCUCUCAAAACUACGGGUGUUUAUCUCGCCCAAGUUAUCCUUGCUCUAGUGUUCGUUGCCGGAACCACUGCGUUCGUUUGGGCACCGCCAUUGGUCUCCAUCUUGACAACACCGGGCAAGAACGGUAACACCCAAAUCACUGUUUUGGGCUACGGCAACACCAAUGGUGCUCGUUACCUCCUUCUGCCCAUGAACAUUGUUGGGGCCUGCAUCCUCCUAUCGAAACCCAUGGGAGGCGGUGCACUGGCGCUCUUGUUCUGGCAGAUUAUGUCGCUCAUGGAGAUUAUUGAUCUGAACUCCCUGACAACGGAAGCCAUCGGACCGGUCAUGUUGGGUGUCCUCGGUAACUUUGGCUACUUCAAAACUGGUCACCAGGCAGUUCUCAGCAGCAUCCAGUGGGAUAGCGCAUUCAUUCCUCUCUUCUCCAUUCGGUACCCUUGGACCCCGAUCGUUGUGGCCCUGAACACUUUUGGCGCCCAGAUUGUCGCGGUGGUUUCUAUUCCUCUCAUCGUGCUCUGGAAGGUCGGUCCUAAGAGGAAAGGCGUACUAGAGAGUGUCAGCAGGGCCAUGGGUAUCUUCAUCGCCUACCUUGCUGUGGAGUCUCUUGCAACAAUGGCAUGGGCUGGCUGGCUGAGAAGACAUCUCAUGCUGUACAGAGUGUUCUGUCCUCGCUUCAUGAUGGCUGCAGCACUGCUGCUGAUUAUAGACAUAGUUGCGCUUGUCAUUACCUUUAUCGGAGUCAGGUCCAACACACUGGCUGUAAGCGAGGUGUUUGGAUGGACUGACUAA